CCCUCAAUAGACGUCUCGUCCAUAUGAAUGACUUGAACGAAUCGGAACAGAACUCCAUCUUAGAGUCCGCCAAAGAGGUUCUGAAAGUCGAGGAAUUUCACCUCCAGCGCGCCUUGGACGCGAACGACCACAUCAAGGCCAUCCACCACGCGACCCUCAUCCUGAACGGGCUCAUGCGCUCCGAACUCUCCCCCAAGCUCUACUUCGACCUCUACAGCAACGUGUCCGACUGCCUUCGUCACCUCGCGUCCUAUCUCUGUGAGGCCCCCGGCGUCGACAUCUCCGAGGUCUACAAACUCGUGCAGUUCACGCCCGGCAUCUUUCAGCGCCUCUACCUCAUGGUGCUCGUCGGGAGCGUCUACAUCAAGCUCCAAAAGGCCCCGGCGAAGACGGUGCUGAACGACCUGGUCGAGAUGUGCCACGGCGUGCAGCACCACCUCCGCGGCCUGUUUCUGCGAAACUACCUGAUCGAGGUCACCAAGGACAAACUCCCCGAAGUCGGCAGCCCCUACUUCGGCGAGGAAAGCGGGUGCCUGCAGGACUGCAUCAGCUUCUUGGUCAAAAACUUCACCGCGAUGAAUCAGCUCUGGGCGCGCAUGAAGCACUUGGCCGCGACUAAGAACCGAGUCAAGAGCCAAAUCGAGCGGCGCCACCUCGCCACGCUCGUCGGCCGAAACAUCUCAAUUUUGGCCUCCUUGGAGGGCCUCACUUUCGAGAUAUACAGCGCCUCCGUCCUGCCCAAGCUGCUCAACCAAAUCAUCGCCUGCCAAGACCCCAUCAUCCAAACCGACUUGAUCUUCAUCAUCAUCCAAACCGUCGACGCCGAAUGGCACCUCAGGUCCCUGGAAAAAAUAAUCAAGACCAUCGGCCUGUUCGACCACCAAAUCGAGCUGAAGUCGAUCAUCGUCAUGCUACUCGACCGCAUCGCCUCCUACCUCACCGAAGUCGAAAGCGACCCGUCCAACUUCUCGAACUACGACCGCUCCGCCUACAAAAACGACGCCUUCAACAUCCUGUCGGACGGCGUCGUCUCCAUCAUCCAGCGACGCCCUCAACUCCCCCCCAGCCACGCUCUCGCCAUGCUGCACUCCCUGAUGAGCUUCAGCUUCCAGUGCUACCAAGACAACAAAGAACAAGUCGACUUCCUGCUCGACUACACCUCCAAGUACCUCGAACAACUUCCCGAAGACUUCGACUCGGAACUCGCCUCCACCGAGAUCUCCAGGCUCCUGCGCCUGCCCCUUCACCAGUACCAGGACAUCGCAAAGGUAUUCGAAAACCCCAACUACCUCUCCAUCAUAAACUUCCUCAGUCCCCACAAGCACAUGUCCAUGGUUGUCGAAAUCGUCAAGUCCGUCGUCGAAUUUCCCACACACAUAGAGGUCUACACCGUCCUCAACAAAGUGCUCACCCUCUCCAAGCCCCUGCUGUCGCCCCCCGCCACCUCCCCGGGCGAACCGGCCAAACCCGCCGACUGCACCCAAGGCUACGAACUCGUGGCCUGCGUCGUCCAUAAAAUCAACACCACCGACCUCAAGGAACUCGGCGCGUGCGUCAUGCUGUGCAAAAAAUUCUUCUUCGCCGAAAACGACGACUCCCAAAACGCCAACCCCUCCAAACUGUGUCUGUUGACCUCCUGCGUCUUCGCCAUGCUGAGACUCGUCAAGCUCACCCACGACGACCAGCAAAACGACCCCACGUGGCAAUCCAAGGCCCAGCGAAUCUUCAAAAUCAUCACCCAGUGGUGCGAACCCUUCGAAGACGCCACCCCCCUCGCCGCCUUCAAGCUGUACAUACAAGCCGCCCUCGCCGCCCUCGAAUGCCGCCUAGCCGACACCGUCGACUUCUUCGUCGAAAAAGCGCUCCUGCUCUACGAAAUGCGCGUCCCCGCCAGCCUGCAACUCGAAUACUGGAAACAAAUCUUCUCUGUGCUCUACAUCGCCUAUCCCGUUCUAGCACAAACCGACCCGACCACCACCGAACCCAUCGACUACUGGGCCCUCCUCUCCACCAACUGCGCUCGCUCCGCCAAAAGCAUGCUCACCUUCUCCGAUCGAGCCAUCGCCAUCUCCACCUGCUCCCACCUCUACUGGGUCUCCGCCAAGUCCUCCACUCAGCCCAACGAACGCGACGUCGCGAACGUCCAAAAAAGCCUCCAAUUCGCCUACAACAACCUCUCCAUCGCCAGCACCGUCAAGGCCGACCCCCUCCCCUUCGUCCACCUUCUCAACCUCUACCUCUACUACCUGCCGCACAUCCCCAACGACUCGUUCAGAGACGAAAUGAACGCCGUCGUCGAAACGGUCAAGCGCAUCAUCGCCGAAUUCAUACCGGAAAACGCCAACAUGACAAUUUUGUUCAAAGAGGCCCAAGUCUUUUUUCAAAAUACGCUAAAAUCCAUUGAAAACCUAAAACCUGUUGAAACCCAAACUGAAUAAAUGCACUGCCCCCACCACCGCGCCCACUCAAGCGACUCCUCCCCACAAAUUUUCGUUUUUUGCUCACACGCCGCCCCUUUUCCUGCGCGCGCCCUCGCGGCGACGAACCGUUCUCCUCGCCGCCCCAACGCUCUCCUCAACUCGCGAAACCCCUCGCGCGUCCCAGCACCGAACCAACCACCUCUCCCCCGCGCAAACCGCAACCCACCGCUCAAACGCCACUCCAACCAAAGAAGCAACCCUCGCACCUCUCUCCAACGCGCGCGAACGAACACCCUCCAUCCAACGCGCGCGCACACCCCCCAGGCCCCCCCCAACCACAAUGAAUUUUGAUACACUUGUAAAAAAAAAAAAACGAAAAAA